AUGGCCUCCAUGGGGGGUCGGCCGACAAUCUCCCUUGAUGUCCCAGUAUGCGCCGUCUUCCUCGCCCUUUUCAUCGCCGGUGGUGCCUGCCAUAUGACCCUGUUCCGUCGCAAUAUGGCUAGAGGCCACAAAUUCAUUCCAUCGGGCGCGACAUUCGGUUUCUGCAUGUCGCGUAUUAUCGCAAAUAUCAUGCGCAUCGUCUGGGCUUGUCAUCCGACGAACGUUAGUGUCGCGAUCGCAGCACAGAUAUUCGUUGCAGCAGGCGUGCUGCUGCUUUUCAUCUUGAACUUGCUAUACGCACAGCGUAUGUUCCGAGCUGUUUAUCCAGCCCUGGGAUGGUCUCGAACCCUAUCGUGGGCGUUCAAAGCACUGUACGUUCUUGUCGUGGUGACCAUCAUUAUGGUUAUCACUUCUGUUGUUCAGAGUUCGUAUACUCUCAACCCAAACACCCUUCGCAUAGAUCGCGAUAUUUUGAUCUAUGGUCAGACCUACUUCUCCAUCAUCUCGUUCCUACCGCUUCCUCUUGUCUUGCUUGUCCUUCUGUCCCCAAACAGAAAGCGAAUUCAGCAGGUUGGCUCGGGGAGCCCGGUCGUCAAAGUCUUCAUCGUCGUACUUGUCAGCGCAUUGCUCUGUCUCGGCGCAUCAUUCCGUGCAGCUACAUCUUGGAUGACACCUCGCCCUAUCACCAACCCAGCCUGGUAUCACAGCAAAGCCUGCUUCUAUAUAUUCAACUUCACCAUUGAUAUUGUGGUCGUGGCUAUCUUCUUUGUUGGUCGUGUUGACCAGCGAUUCUGGGUUCCGAAUGGAAGCUCGAAAGCGCGCCACUACAGACGGGAUGAGGGCAUUGAGAAGAACGCCCAAGGUGCACAGAAUAGCAUCGAUCUUCCGGCUCAUGAUCGGGAUGUCGAGAGUAGCAGCAUGUCUGAGAGCCUGGUUGAAGAAACAAAAUGA